UUUAAAAGCAAAUGGGAAUUGCCCAUUUCGUUACUCCCCGUCUAAACAUCACUAAAAACAGUAUACUCUCCUACUCCUACAGCCUUGUUACUGCCAUUGUAGACGGGCCUUUAGACCCUCGAUGAUAUAACCUCAAUAGAGAACAAAAAAAGUUAAUUCAAUUUUAAAUAUCAACGGCGCCUUUGAGAAAGGGAAGAAAUCACGAAAAUCGAAUCUUGCCGAAUCGUAUCGCGAUCGUACCAGCGAUGUCACAAUAUCCACCUAUUAAUGUUCGCCUGGCGGUAAACAGGGUGGAUUUUAACCUGAUAACGAACGAGGGCGUUCAACCGCGACUCUACACCCCCGGCGAGGAGAUAUCCAGUCAACCGGAUUUCCUAAGAGGUCACGGAACUUACGUUGAUGAGGAGAAAACAUUGCGCGCGUCAGUCGCUGGAAUUCUGGAGAAGGUGAACAAGCUUAUAUCCAUCAGGCCUUUGAAGGCGCGCUACAACGGCGAAAUCGGGGAUCUUAUCGUGGGUAGGAUAACAGAGGUGCAACAGAAGCGUUGGAAAGUUGAUGUAAAUUCCAAACUCGACGCUGUCUUACUGUUGUCCAGUGUUAAUUUACCUGGUGGUGAAUUGAGGAGAAGAUCCGCAGAAGAUGAACAGACAAUGCGCAGGUACUUACAGGAGGGGGACCUUGUUUGUGCAGAGGUGCAAUCAAUCUUUGCUGACAGUUCCCUCUCGUUGCACACGCGAGUGCUGAAGUAUGGCAAACUGUCGCAAGGGAUAAUGUUGAAAGUACCACCGAUGCUGAUCCAGCGUAAGAAGACGCAUUAUCAUAAUCUGGAAAAUGGCGUGACUUUAAUACUUGGUUACAACGGUUACGUGUGGAUCGGUGCGAACAUUCAGAAUGUCGAUAAAUCUGAGGGCGGUUUCACCGAGGAUUUGUCGAGAAUUCCGCUGGAGAAUCGCGAGGUCCUGGAAACAAGUAGUCGGCAAGUGGUAGAGCUGAGAGACAUGGACGCAUGUUUCAACGCCUUCGAUAAAGAUAGCGAUGGAUUGCUAUCCAUUUCGGAAUUUGAUCUUAUAUGCCGCGCGUUAUUUCGAAAUGAUCGCGGUAAGAUCUAUGGUCUCGAGGAGGACCAGCUGCGAGAGGUGUAUUCAAUCUUUGAUCUCAAAGACGAUGGCAUGAUCGAUAAGGAAGAAUUCGAGGUUUGCUGGAAUCGAUGGAUCAAAGUAUGCACGCGUCCUAAGAGUGCUUUUUUAAUCGUAGACGUGCAAAACGACUUUAUAACGGGUUCCCUGAAUAUAAAGCAAUGCGCCGCACAGCACGACGGUUCGGAAGUGAUCGAACCAAUUAAUCGAUUACUGGAAACCGUGCCGUUCGACGCGGUAUUUUACUCCCUGGACUGGCAUCCCGUGGAUCACGUAUCCUUUAUCGAUAAUUUGCACCUCAGGGAAGUGGACAUCAGCAGCAAUAUUUCAAAGGAAGCGGCGCGGGUGUACGACACGGUGACGUUCCAGGGGCCGCCGUUGUUGAAGCAACGUUUGUGGCCUCGUCAUUGCGUGCAGGACUCGUGGGGCGCCGAACUUCACAAGGACUUAAAGAUCGUCGACAACGCGAUCAAGAUCUACAAGGGCACGAAUCCGGAGGUGGACUCGUAUUCGGUGUUCUGGGACAACAAGAAGCUGACCGAGACCACGCUGUCGUCGCAGCUGCAGGAGAAGGGUGCGACCGACAUCUACAUCUGCGGUCUUGCCUACGACGUAUGCGUGGGUGCUACAGCGGUGGACGCGCUCACCAGUGGUUACCGCACUAUACUUAUUGACGAUUGCAGCCGCGGUGUGGAUCUUGUCGACAUCGAGAAGACCAAGGCCACAGUAAUAGCCAGCAACGGCGUGAUAGUUAAUUCCAGCCAAGUGAAGGCGAUGGUGGAGGGAAGAGAUCGACGACCGGAGCUAGGCUAUAAGCUUGCCCUGGAGAUCAAGCAUAAAUUGAGAUUCGAUGAUGAAUAAUUUUAGCGAGUAGUGCAAUAAAUCUGGAAGCUUUACAUUGGUAGAUACUAAUAUAAAAAAUCAUAGAUAUAUCUUUCUCCUUCAAAAU